UGCUUGAGAACGUGGUGUUUUGGUCAGAGCAUGCAGUUUGGAUUUGAAGGUUGGAAUCUAUUUUGCUUUAACCCCAAACUUAACGUCACUCUUUGAGAAGGGAGCAAUUACCUUAACGUUGCCAGCUCAAACAGACUGUCACACAAACGCAGUACUGGAGUACCUGCUGCCAGCAUUUCUAGGGGCUGAGGCUACAGUGCCUGCUUCACUGAAUCCUUGUAAUCUGUAAUACCAGAAUAUCAUCCUGAUCAUUUUAAAGCAGGGGGAAAAAUGCAUUUUUGGGUUUUGGCUUCAUCACACUGUGAGAAAGGUUCCCAUUAGCAGCUGGGAGAAGAAGAAAGGGAGGGCAAACAUCUAAAGUCAGAGCAGGAAAAACGACCAUAAUCAAAUGCUUAGCUGUGAAAGGGAAGAAGGAGUAUGAUCUGUUGUUAGAUCCUUGUGAUCUGUUGUUAGAUCAUGUAGGGGAACAGAACAAAUGAGGUGAGUACUUUGUGACUCAAAAAUAGUGUGAGAAUAAGUAAAGUGAGAGAAGGACAGCCUGAAGCAAGAAGAUAAUUUUCAAGAGCACCUGACAGUGAAACAGAUUGCCAUUGGUAGUAGCUGAGGGCUGUCACGCCAGAGAUUUAAGAGCAGGUUAGGCAAGCUGUUUGUGGGCGUCAGGAUUAGAUACCUUGGGAACUGGUAAUAGGAUAUGAAGCCUUUCAUCCGUAGGUCAGUGUUUUGGUUAAGGUCCAGCUCAGCAGAAACUGUCACUGGCAUCUGCUGGCUCCUUGCCUGUAUGAUAUCAGUACUUGAAUUUCACUCAGUUCCUUGUGAGAGCGCAAGAGCAACUUUUGUGAAAUGGCUGCUUAUGCCAGUUUGCCCUUCCUUUGGCCUUGUCAGAGAUGAAGGAUUAAAGGGCCCAUGAGUAUAAUCUCUUAUCUCUUUGGGCAUAAUAACUCCAGACUUUUGUUGAAGUGGCACUGUGGGAGAAGCUUACGCUGCUGCUUCUGUGUAGGUGAUGGCAAGUGUGUGAUCUGCGACUCCUACGUGCGGCCCUGCACCCUGGUGCGCAUCUGCGACGAGUGUAACUACGGCUCCUACCAGGGCCGAUGUGUCAUCUGCGGGGGGCCCGGGGUGUCCGACGCCUACUACUGCAAGGAGUGCACCAUCCAGGAAAAAGAUAGAGAUGGUUGCCCUAAGAUCGUCAACCUGGGCAGUUCCAAGACAGAUCUUUUCUAUGAAAGGAAGAAGUAUGGCUUCAAGAAGAGGUGAUCCUAUUUGUACGUGGCUACCUCCUGUUGGGUUGGCAAGAGGGUCUUGGAACAUCUCUGGACUUUACUCUUACUGAAAACUUGUUGGUUACUUUUUUCUAAAGCAAUACAAAUUCAGUAAUACACUUAGGAUUGGAGAAAUAACAGACGGAGUGGGGACUGAAACCUGAUGAGAACAAUUGAUGAGAGAGGGCAAAUGAAGAUUACUGUCUUUUGCCUUUGCAGAAGCUCUGCUAGUAGUUGCCCCAACUCUCUAUACAAAGCAGAGUGGGCAAGCACUUACACGUAGAAGGAGCCAUGUAAAAAUGGAAAGUGCUCUUUUUAGUGUGGAGAAACACCUUGUGGUUGUUCUUACUGGGCCUCCUCUCAAUUGUUUGAAAUUGCCCCAUCCAUCAGUGUUGAAGAACAAAACAUCAAUCCGCUCCCCUCCUCCCUUCCUCCAGUAUAUUUCCAUGCUGCCCUGUUUUGUAAGGAAUCUGCUUAUGGCUGGUACCUUCCUAGGGAGAGCACAGCUGUUCCAUGUUUUCUUUGACAGAUAAAUCCAAGGCCAUUUCUUGUAACCAUUUCUGUAGGAUGCGUACCAAUAAAGCUUUUUCUUUUGGGUUUUUAUUUUUGGUACAA